AAGUUUACAGUCUCGUCCGAUCCCCGAUCUGCGUUUGAGCAUCCAACCCACCUGUCGCAUCCCACCAUAAGCGGGCUUCCAGUUGGAAUGGCUGAGGACAAGGCUGUGCAUCCUUCCACCUUUAAUUACACAUGCUCUACGGACCAGAUGGCUGCAAUGGACACUGGAGGAGGCGAAACAAAUCCCUUCCUCACCGCCUCUUCAGUGAUGAUGAGCGCAUCACAGCUGGCCCGCUACACUAGCAUGUACCCCAAUGAAGUAUAUGAGACUCUGGGCGAUCUCAUGUUUCCAAGGCCAUUGGCGGGGAGCAGUACUGCUGUCACCUCAGGGGGAAAUGGAGAAGUGCCUACUGGAGAGAUGUGCCGAGGCCAGCUUACAAGUCUUCUCAUUCGUCAGCGUGGGACCUCGACAGGCGACUUGAGAGCUGUCAUUCACCCUACUCCAAUGACUAGUCUGGCCUUCUCGCAGACAAGUGAGGACUGCUUUGUCAAUAAGUUGCAUGGAGACGGCCGGGAGGAUGGGAAGACCACACACUACCUCCAAGGUCUGAACUCGCACCCGCACGAGUAUGCAAUGUAUUGGGGAGAAAUGAACAGAAUGCAGUCCCCUUGCCAGCUCAUGUACGAGGCCACUCAAAUGGAGGAGCAGGGAAGCGUCUCAUCUUCACUUGGAAGCACGGUAGCUAGCCACGAAGGCUCUCCUCAAACCAAAGCCGAAGGCAGCGUUCCGCUGUAUCCCGGAGCAUUAGAAUCGGAGAACUUUCAAAUAGGUGGGUAUCGCCAUGUCUAUGGCGAGGUUGCACAGCCCUCUCCCCUGUCUUUCCCACCAACUUCGGAUGCAGGCCAGUCAGACUUCUACCAUCUCUCACACGUCUAUCGUCAUUUGCCCGUGCAGUUAGAGUACACUCAGACUAACAGUGGAAAAUCGUUCACCCACGUUACCACCACUGCUUCCGUCACCACCGGUAUCACUGUCAACACAGCACAAUCAAGUAUGAAGGCAGCACCAUCGAACAUUUUCCAGUUUGGUGGAUCCUAUCGGAAAUUACUGAGGCCGAGACAUCCAGUUGAGAAGACAACGACGCCCACCAACGAGAACAGACGACCAUUGAAUCCAAAUGACAUCUUCUGCUCCGUUCCUGGACGUCUGUCACUUCUCAGCUCGACGUCGAAGUACAAAGUGACAGUGUCUGAGGUUCAGAGGAGACUGUCACCACCCGAAUGUCUCAAUGCUUCGUUACUUGGUGGAGUUCUGCGAAGUAAUUUGACUUACCUUCCCAAAAACGAAUCUAAAGUCCAUUCUCAUCCACCUUAUGGCCACUUUUACAGAGCUAAAUCGAAGAACGGUGGACGGUCACUGCGUGAUCGACUGGACAAAAUUGGGCUUACUCUUCCAGCAGGAAGAAGAAAAGCAGCCACAGUGACACUUUUUACAUCCCUGGUAGAAGGUGAGUUGAAAUGUUUCACUUAUUUUGGUGAAGCCCUUCGAUUAGCAAAGGAUUUCAACUAUCUUUGCGAAAACGAGUUUCCCAUGACAGGGUGCGCAGACGUGCUGGUAAAGAGCGCCUCCUACAGCACACUAAGCGCGGUUUUGGCCAGACGCAGCCAAAUCUGCGCUGCCAGGCAAGCCGCUUAUUUAUUGUCAGAGUGGAAGAACAAAUCGAUGCUUUGA